AUGAUAAAGUAAUCUUAAAAGAGUCAGCCAGCUAAGAUCUCAUAAGAUGCAAAGAUGAUGAAAAAGAGGUUCGAGCUAGAAAAUGAAGUUAUUGAUGAAGAGCUUUAUCACUUCGAGGAAGAGGAAGUUGACAGACUUAUGUUGGAGAGACCCUGGCUUAAAAACCCUCAUCACUUCAAGAAAGUCAAGAUCUCUUCAGUUGCUCUAGUUAAGAUGGUCAUGCACGCUAAGCGUGGAGGUGACAUUGAGGUCAUGGGACUUAUGCAGGGUAAAGUCAAAGGAGAUACCUUUUAUGUAAUGGAUGCCUUUGCUCUUCCAGUAGAAGCUUCAGAAACUAGAGUCAAUGCAGGUGCAGAUGCUAAUGAAUUCAUGUGUGAUCAUAUCGACGCUAGUGAGAAAGUCAACAGACCUGAGAACAUUUGCGGAUGGUAUCAUUCUCACCCAGGAUAUGGCUGCUAUCUCUCAGGCACAGAUGUCAUGACGGAAAUGAUUUAUCAAAAGCAUUAAGAUCCCUUCUUUGCUAUAGUUGUAGACCCCAAAAGAACAAUGUCAUCAGGUAAAGUUGAAAUCGGAUGCUUCAGAACUUUCCCUGAAAGCUAUAUUGCUGAACUUGAGAAGUCAGGAACCACUGUUAACGGUUCAAACAGUCUUGUUCCAUUAGAUAAACUUGAGGAUUUUGGUAUUCAUUGCUACAAGUACUAUUAGCUCGAACACUCUUUCUUCAAGAGUCAGCUAGAUCAAUCUAUUCUAGAAAAUCUUUGGAACGAUUACUGGGUGCAAACCUUAUCUCAAAGCCCACUCUUAAAUAACCGCCUAUUCUUAAGUCAGUCAAUUAAAAAUGUCUCAGAAAAGUUAGAAUAAUUAGAUAAGGAUCAUAAAUCAGGUGGGGGUGGCAAAAAAGGUGGUCGUAGAGGUGGACCAUCUAAUGCAAAUCAAGAUGGAUCUUCGAUUGACUCGCAAAGAUUCUAGCAAGUUUGUAAGGAAAGCACUAAAGUAGCAAUCGAACUCAAUCAUGGUAUGCUAAUUGAGGCACUUAAAGAAUUUAUGUUCACUCAGCACCAACACUGCCACCAUGAAUGA